AUGACGCUGUUACUCAAGUAGUAAAAUCUGACCCGUUGAUUCUGGCACUGGGUGAAAGAAUGUUCCUCAAAAACGGAGAAGUUUCACGGCACCGGGCAGACAUUAGAAAUAAGAUGAGAGAACUUGCCAGACUUCUUCUAGUGACAAGAACUAUUGACAAAGACAUUGUUACUUUUAAGGACUUGAUCAACCCAGGAAAGUUCAACACAGUACUUGACGGAGUAAAAAAGAUGACUGGAUUUGAUAACUCAACAAACCGAUUCUCAAUCCCUUCAACAGCACUAAAACUGCGCCAUUCCCUUGUGAAACUGUCAUAUAUUUUGCAGGGAGAGGCUUUACGUCAAGAGGAUGAUGCCUUGAAGGGAAGAGCAGAGCAAUUCAGUAAAUUAAUUGAACUGGAAUGGACAAUUCAUGUUUCAUCCAAUGCACUGAAAAUCUUAUACCAAAAAAAGUGGAACAGUCCACAAAUGCUGCCUUUAGCAGAAGACAUAAAGAAGCUCCAGGAUCAUCUAAAGUGCCUUGAGAAGGUCAACAAAAAAGCACACAUUGACCACACAUCACAAAGGUCAUGGAGUGAUCUCUCUCAGGUGACUCUAGCACAGCUGAUAUUAUUCAAUCGGCGUCGAGAAGGUGAGGUUUCUAGGAUGGAAGUCAAAACAUACCUGCAGAGAAAUAAACAAAUGAUUCAGGAUGAAAUUAUGGAGAGUCUGACACCUUUUGAGAAGAAACUCUGUAAGAAUCUCACCAGAGUAGAGGUGCGGGGGAAACGAGGCUGCAAAGUACCAGUACUAUUUCCAGCAAAUGUCACAGAAUCUGUGGAACUUCUGAUUAAAACUAGAGAAGAUGUUGGGAUUUCCCCUAGCAAUCCCUACAUAUUUGCUCGUCCUUUUUAUGAAUCACAGGAGAGCAUCCGUGGGUGUGACUGCUUAAAGCGAUUUGCAGAAAGCUGUGGGGCUAAACAUCCAGAAAACAUUACGUCUACAAAGUUGAGAAAACAUGUAGCCACAGUUUCUCAGCUACUUAACCUACAAACACAUGAACUAGACCAACUAGCAACUUUCAUGGGUCACAAUAUUGAAGUCCAUAGGGAGUUUUACAGACUGCCUGAAGAAACCUUGCAAGUGGCAAAAGUGAGCAGAAUUAUUUUUGCCCUGCAAAGUGGAAUAGGCAAAUUUAAAGGAAAAUCUCUGGAGGACAUAACACCAAACAUCAACUUUGAAGGGGACUCCAGCAGCUCAGAUACAGAGGAUAGUGAAUCUAAAAAAAGGAUGCCAGAGAAUGAUCAUUCUGAAAAAAGGGCUGCCACCUCAAUAAAGUCUGCAGCCUCAAGAGAGGCAGUUCCAUACUUGAGUAUAUCGCCACUGCCAUUAAAUAAAAAGGGAAAAUCCAGAAAGGCCUGGACAGAGAAGGAGAGUAAAACCAUUGAACACCAUUUCAAGAAUUUCCUAAAGGAAAUGAAAAUCCCUGGAAAAGUGGAUUGUGAAAGAUUCUUAAAUGAAAACCAGAGAUUUUAAAUGAUAAUGAAAGAGACUGGAAAGCAGUAAAAUACUUUGUGCACAACCGAAUAACUUCUAUCAAGAGAAAUUUGUGUAAACAGUAUUGAGCCUGUAGAAAUACAGGGAGCUUGCGUAUUGAGUAUCGCUGUUUGAUGUAACAAUACUGUUACAUCAGCUUGCGUAUGGAGUAUCGAUGUUUCAUGUCACAAUACUGGGAGCUUGCGUAUGGAGUAUCGAUGUGUCAUAACAUUGGUAGUUCAUGUAAAUGGAGCGUCAGUGUGUCAUAACAUUGGUAGUUCAUGUAAAUGGAGCGUCAGUGUGUCAUAACAUUGAAAUAAUUGACUACUAUGUCCCAACUAUUUAAGUGACAGAGACUGUCUUUUUUAAGGUGCUUUAAAGACUCAAUAUUUGAUGUUUUAUUUAAUGGCAUUUUGUAACUUUUAAUAUAAUAUAUUUGGUGUUACCCUUUUAUUUAUUUAAUUAUUGUAUAUAAAGCAAAGAAACUUAUUUGAAAAGCAAUAUAUAAUGAUAUUAUCAUUGAUGUUGUGGUAUACAUUUAGGCACCCAUCACUGAGGGUGGAAAGUCUGCACUACCGCAGGGGGGGCUCUUUUAGUGAGCUUAUGGGAUUUUCUAUGUGAUAAACUUAAUGGUUUAUUAUGUGAAAAACCAUUUCCGUUGUCAGGAGUGCAGCAAGAGCAAGUAAGAAACCUUCAGUUUAGGAGUGUA